AAGUCCCCCCUUCCACUUAUUCAUUACUUGUCCCAUUCACACAUUCAUCCUCUCCUUGGACUUAGCUAAAUAGAGAGAGCAACAAUGAUCUUUAGAACAUGCUUGCUGUUGUUGGCUUUCAUGAAUAUUACAACUUCAUUUGCUUCAACGGCAAAACAAACAUAUGUUAUUCAUAUGGACAGGACCAAGAUCACUGCUCUAGACACAUCUCUAGGAAAUUCCAAAAGAUGGUAUGAAACAAUCAUUGACUCCAUCACCCAUUUAUCAGCUCAACAACAUGAAGAGGAAGGAGAAGAAAUAUCACCUCCUCAGCUCCUCUAUGUCUACGAAACCGCCAUUUCAGGUUUCUCUGCAAAGCUCUCCACCAAACAACUCGAAUCACUGAAAACCAUCAAUGGGUUUCUCUCUGCUUCUCCCGAUGAAAUGCUAAGUCUCCACACCACACACUCCCCUCAGUUUCUUGGCCUUAAGAGUGGCAAAGGACUUUGGAACGCUCCAAACUUGGCCUCUGACGUCAUAAUCGGUGUCGUUGACACUGGAAUAUGGCCGGAACAUGUCAGUUUCGGUGACUCAGGCAUGUCUCCGGUGCCUUCCCGAUGGAAAGGCAAAUGUGAACAAGGGACAAAGUUUGUGCCAUCAAAUUGUAACAAGAAGCUUAUUGGUGCAAGAGCUUUUUUCAAAGGGUAUGAGGCCAAUGGCGUCAGAAUUAAUGAAACAGUUGAUUAUCGAUCCCCUCGUGACUCAGAAGGCCAUGGAACACACACUGCUUCAACCGCAGCUGGUACUGUCGUAGCUGGUGCGAGUUUUUCGGGCAUGGCCAAAGGCUCUGCUGGUGGUAUGAGGUAUACAGCAAGAAUUGCAGCCUACAAAGUUUGCUGGGCACUAGGCUGUUCUAGCUCUGAUAUAUUAGCUGCUAUAGACCAAGCAGUAAGCGAUGGCGUGGACGUGUUGUCACUCUCUUUAGGAAGCACUUUGCAUCGGCCUUAUCAUAGUGAUAACAUGGCUAUAGCUACAUUUGGUGCAAUCCAAAAUGGGGUUUUUAUCUCAUCUUCAGCUGGCAAUUCAGGCCCCUCUAGUUCAAGUGUAAGCAAUUUUGCACCAUGGAUCAUGACCGUGGCAGCGAGCUUCCUUGACCGGAGCUUCCCAACUACUGUUAAACUUGGCGAUGGACAUAAUUUCAGAGGGGCAUCACUUUAUUCAGGCAAGCCUACUAAGCAACUACCACUUGUGUAUGGUGAAACUGCGGGUGGCCAAGGAGCUGAGUACUGCACUGAUGGCUCUCUAUCAGCUAAGCUCAUCAAAGGGAAGAUUGUUGUUUGUGAUAGAGGAAUGAAUAGCCGGACCGAGAAGGGUGAGCAAGUGAAGAUGGCAGGUGGGGCUGGAAUGCUACUAGUGAACACUGAAGAUCAAGGUGAAGAGCUUGUUGCUGAUGCACAUAUUCUGCCAGCCACUUCUUUGGGUGCUUCGACUGGUAGCGCCAUCAAAAGCUAUGUAAGCUCAGCAAAGAAACCAACUGCUUCCAUAGUGUUUGAAGGCACAGUGUAUGGCAAUCCUGCACCUGUGAUGGCAGCAUUUUCAUCAAGGGGACCGAGUUCUGUUGGGCCCGAUGUGAUUAAACCAGAUGUUACUGCACCAGGUGUGAACAUAUUGGCUGCGUGGCCACCAAAUGUCAGUCCAACCCGGCUCAAGAGUGACAAUAGAAGUUUCUUGUUCAAUAUAAUCUCUGGCACCUCAAUGUCCUGUCCUCAUGUUAGCGGCUUAGCUGCAUUACUUAAGGCCGUCCACAAGGACUGGUCACCGGCAGCAAUAAAGUCGGCCUUAAUGACAACUGCUUAUACCCUUGACAACAAGAAGGCUCCCAUAGGUGAUUCUGGGGCUGGUGGCUCAAAAUUGGCUACCCCUUUUACAUUUGGUUCAGGUCACGUUGAUCCUGAGAAGGCUUCUGAUCCAGGAUUGGUUUAUGACAUAACCAUUGAGGACUACCUGAAUUAUUUGUGUAGCCUAAACUAUACAUCUUCUCAAAUGUCUCUUUUGUCAAGAGGGGAUUUCACUUGUCCUAAUGAUGCAGCUCUUCAGCCUGGUGACUUGAACUACCCCUCUUUUGCAGUGCUUGUCAAUGGUAAUACCCAAAACAUUACAGUCACAUACAAGAGGACGGUUACGAAUGUUGGGACCCCAGUGAGUACUUAUGCAGUCCAAGUGGUUGAACCCAAUGGAGUAUCGGUCAUCGUUGAGCCAAGAGUUCUAAAUUUCAAGAAGUAUGGUGACAAGUUGAGCUACAUAGUCAGUUUUGUUGCAGGAUCAACUAGUUCGGCCACUUCUUCAUUUGGAUCUCUUGUUUGGGUGUCCAGGAAAUAUAGUGUUAGAAGUCCAAUUGCAGUCACUUGGCAAUAGUCAUCAAAAGUAUUACAACGUUGUUAGUCAUGGGCACAUUUAAAGAAGUCAAAGAAAUCUCUCCGUAUACAGAGAUUUCAAGCUUUCAGUUCUAUUCGGUUAUAAAAGAUGGGGUUUUAAUAAAGAA